UCUCACCAGGUUUACAGGAAGCAUGAGUAUCAGGAAGUAGAGAGUUUGGGAGAUUUGUUGUGUCGCCAAAUUUUGCUACAAUAGUUGUUUAAAGUUUCAAUAAGGACCGGAUAAACACGGUGCCGUUCUGAGAAACGCAGGCGUAAAAGCGAGUGAAGGAACUCUAAGGUGAGGAGGCCAUGAAGCGAGUCCCCCUGCAGCAGCCUCAGAGCUGUGGGCCCUGGGAGCUGAAGGAGCGUCUCGGUACUGGAGGCUUCGGGAAUGUCACGAGAUGGCAAAACAAGGACACUGAUGAACAGAUCGCUAUAAAGCAGUGCCGCCAGGAGCUGAGCGAGAAGAACAAAGAGAGAUGGUGUCUGGAGAUCCAGAUCAUGAGGAGGUUGGAUCACAUUAACGUGAUCUCAGCCCGAGAAGUUCCUGAAGGAAUGCAGAAACUGGUGGCCACCAAUGACAUGCCGCUGCUGGCCUUGGAGUUCUGUCAGGGCGGAGAUCUGAGAAAGUAUCUGAACCUGCUGGAGCACUGCUGUGGACUGAGGGAAGGCUCCAUUCUGAUUCUCUUACGUGAUAUUUCGUCCGCUCUAAUGUACCUCCAUAAUAGGAGGAUCAUCCACAGAGAUCUGAAACCAGAGAACAUUGUGCUGCAGCAGGGAGAGAAGCGAUUGAUCCACAAGAUUAUAGAUCUCGGCUAUGCUAAAGAGUUGGACCAGAGCAGCCUUUGCACAUCGUUUGUUGGAACGCUUCAGUACUUGGCUCCAGAGCUCCUUGAGAGGAAGAGGUACACGGUCACUGUGGACUACUGGAGCUUUGGCACUUUGGUGUUUGAGUGUAUCACCGGAUUCCGGCCUUUUUUACCAACCUGGCAACCUGUUCCCUGGCACAAUAAACUCAACCAGAAGCAGGACGAUGACAUUGUUGUCUACGAGGAUCUAUCUGGGGAAAUCCGCUACUCCAAGCAUAUACCACAACCCAACAGCCUCAACAGUCUGUUAUUAGAGAAGCUGGAGAGUUGGCUGCAGCUGAUGCUGAACUGGUGUCCUCAGAAAAGAGGCAAAGUCAGCAGUGAUACAUCCAGCAACUGCUUCUCCCAGCUGGAGCUCAUACUGCAACUCAAGCUGGUUCACGUCCUGAACAUGAUGUCCGCUAAGAUCCUGACAUACUCGGUCUCAGAUGAUGAGACUGUGGCCAACCUGCAGCUGAGGAUAGAAAAAGACACCAACAUCCCAGCAGCCAAUCAGGAGCUGCUGCUGGAGGCGGGGAUCGCCUUGGAGCCUACUGGGCUGGUCACGCAGUGCGCCAUAGAUUACACAGAGGUGGAUGGACGACGGACAGACUUGCCUCUGGUCUUCCUGUUUGAUCGCUCGUCUUGCAAUUAUGAACCCCAGUUUGCUCCUCGAACACUUCCUGAAAAUGUCCGCUUCGUCCAAACCGACCCAACGAAGCUCCUGGCCUACAGUGCUCUGAGGAGGACUUGUGGCCAGGCGUGGCACACCAUCCGCUCUCUGAAGGAAGACUGGCAAAGACUGCAGCAGGGCCAGAAAGCCGCCAUCAUGAGCCUGCUGAGACACAACUCCUCGCUGUCCAAACAGAAGAACGAGAUGGUGUCCAUGCACCAGAGACUCACGGCCAAACUGGACUUCUUCACCACCAGCCUUCACAUUGACAUGGACAAGUACCAGGAGCAGACAGCCACCGGGAUCGCGUCAGAGAAACUGGUGACUGUGUGGAGGGAGAUGGAACAAACUGCUAUCAGCUGUGGUCAGGCCAAGGUGGCUGAACUGGAGGAGGAGAUGAUGCAGCUGCAGCCAGACAUAGUGGAUGUGCAAAGGCAGCCGUGGAGGAGUGGAGAGGCCUUGGACACACUUGAAGGAAAAGCCAUGGAUCUGUUCCGCAAACUCAGAGAGAAACCCAGAGACCAGCGGUGCCCAGGAGACAGUCAGGAAGUGGUUCGUCUGGUGCUUCAGGCUGUGCAGUUCUACGAGAGGAAGCUCCGAGAUUUCUACACACACCUCAGUAAGACAGCUGUGUGCCGCCAGCGUGUGAUGGAGCUGCUGCCGAAGGUGGAGGGCGUGGUGCAGAAGAUGGCAGAGAGCGAACAGGUCCUGAUGAGUCUGCAGGAGAAGCGUCAGAGGGAGCUGUGGUUCCUGCUCAAAGUGGCCUGUAGUAAAGUUCGCAGCCCGGUGAGUGACAGUCCUGAUGGAUUACGAACACCUUCGUCAGUGCCGCCGCUGCUGACGCCCAGACAGAGCUUACCACAGCUCGAUGAGUCUCUUGUGGAGGAAAGCCGGACGUUUGAGAGCCGCCUUCAGAGUUUGCUGCAAGAUACCAUCCAGGAAUCAGAGAGCAGCAUGGAGAUGCUGAGGGAGUGGACGUGGCUGAACGACUCCCAGAGCUUCUCCAGCGACCUCUCCUAAACUGGGUUUCCAUCUUACCUUACAUGUGAUACUCUGCUGCCUCCAUGUGGAUGGGAUGUGGAAAUGCAUGAGGAUGUACUACCAGCUGCUUAGUGUGACUAUGUGAAUGGUAGUAGCUGUUGGCACAUAUUUACUUAAUGAGAUUACAGACUCUUGUCUGACUUUGUAGGGAUAAAGAGGAUAAAUACUUCCAACCUGUAGUGCACUGAAGCAAACUGUGUCGCUCAUUAGGAUUAAUUUCAGACAGAUUCCUUAGCAUGUAAUCUUAUUAUUUACUGUUUUGUAGCUUUAAUAGAGCAUUUUGGGGAAUAUUGCACUUCAUUAUACACAUAUCAACAGUUUCACAGGUGGUGUUGUAUCAGAUGAUCUUAAACUAACUACAGGUUUAUAAGGCAAACAUACAUGCCAAGGGUGCUUUUCAUUACAAUACCUUGUGAUUCAUCACGUCCUUUUUCCUCCUGUGACUCAGAAUCUGUUCCCUCUCUGCCAUCAUGGAGGUUCUUCCUGUAUGUUAAAUGUACCUCAAGGAGACCUGAUGCUUCUGGAGGAGCUUAGAGCGAGGAAACAAUUGUAUAAUUGUAUCUUACUUACCAGAGAGACGCAGGUACAGAAGAAACGGACAUGUUAGCAUCAGGUAAAGCAGCCCGACAGAAUCACAGUUCAUGGAGAGGAUUAGACAGCCGUAUCCCACUUUAAAGCAUAAAACAGGUGACAUGUUUUAUUUAAAUUUAUAUUGAAUUUGGUGAAUGUAAAUAUGUAAAAAUGUUUUACUGAGAUUUUAAGAAGAAAUACUUCCGUCUUUGGUCUGGAACUAUUUUUUGUUGAACUUCAGAAACCGCAGAUUAUAUUUUAGAACUUGUGUACAUUAAUCUUAAGCACAAAAUUGUAUUUUAGUCAUAUUCUAGAAUUGUCCUGACCCUGAACUGGGUCUCUGGGUCAGAUUUUAUUGUAGUAAGACAAUCAUUUCACUUGGCUAACAUUUGUAACUGUAAAAUGUUGUUGCUGAGUGACUGCAUGAUAAUUCAACUGUUGAUGAACUGUAGGUUGGGCAUAAUAACAGAAACACCUGUAACACAUGGUUACAUUACAGGUGUCGGAAAACAUAUGAUGUAACAUUUUUGUUCAGAGGUUGGGUAUUUGGUAGGAUGAGGAGAAAACGUGAUUUACGGUCUCAA